AUGUGUGCCUACAGCUUGGAAGGACGAGUCUUCCAGAUCGACGGAAACAGACUAGAGAUCGAAGAGCAACUCUCCGAGGUGUUGGAUAGACGGAUGGGCCAGCGUCAUGUUCUAGCAAAGGCUAGAAACACAGUGACUCAAAAAUCCUGCUUCAUCAAGAUACGCUAUGAACUGAACCCGAAAGACUUUGAUUUCGAUGAUCACGAUCACCAGGAGAUCCUGGAGAUCGCUGAGCAACAUUACUGCCAUGAAGUUGAGGCUGCUGAACUCUUGGGCAACAAGGGACUCGAGCCCAAAUAUGUCACCCGUGAAACUCAGGACCAGCCUGAGUGGAUGCCAUUUCCCGAUGGCUAUGUUGACUUUCUGGUCUUGAAGACUCCCUUGGGUCAGAACGUUGAUGAUAUUCAAGACGGCCUCACUGAUGACCAGCUCGCGAGUAUCCGAACCCAGCUCGCGCACAUCUUGGAUUAA